AUGAUGUUGCUCAUGAACUACCUUGACCGCAUCAACGUGUCCAACGCUCGUCUCGCUGGCAUGCAGAAGGACCUUGGCAUGACCGACACCGAAUGGUCCGCGGGAAUCUCUCUGUUCUACGUCGGCUACAUCAUUUCUCAAGUCCCUGCCAACGUCGUCCUCGCAAAGGGCAACCCGCGCUUGCUCUUGCCUAUUUGCAUGCUGGGUUGGUCUGUGACUACCAUUUGCAUGACUGCUCUGUCGAGCGGCUGGGGUUUCAUGCUGUGCCGAUUCGUGGUCGGUGUCACAGAAGGGCCCUUUGUCCCGGCUGUUUCCCUCAUGACAUCCUCGUGGUACACGAAGCACGAGUCCCCUCUCCGCAUGAGCAUCUGGCACGCCGGCAACAUCAUCUCCAACGUCAUUUCAGGUCUUUUGGCUGCUGCCAUCCUCACUACAAUGGAGGGCAUUCGCGGUCUCCACUCCUGGCAGUGGUUUGUUCUCAUUGAGGGCAUCGUUAGCAUCGCCGUCGCCAUUGUCUCGUUCUGGUGCAUUCCCAAAUGGCCUAACAACACUGGCACCUACUUCCUUACAGCCGAGGAGUCCGAGAUGGCACAGUACCGAAUGCAGGUCUCUGGUGGCGGAUACACCGAGGACGACGAGGGAACUCGUUGGGGCGGUGUCAUCCUGGCUGCCAAGGACCCCUUCACUUGGAUGUUUGCCUGCCUCCACUUCUUUGUCAUUGUCGGGCAGUCCUUCAAGGAUUUCUUCCCUUCUAUCCUGGAAACCUUCCAUUUCGACAAGACUGGAACCUACCUCCUCCAAGCGCCUCCUUACCUCUUCGCGUAUGGAGUCUGUAUCGCGGUCUCCUGGUCCAGCGGUCGCUUGCUCGAGCACUGCUGGCACAUCGUCGGCGCUAUGGCCACCGCUCUUGCCGGUGCUGUCAUUCUGAUCUCCACCCUUCAGCAAGCUCCCCGCUACUUUGGCCUGUUCCUCCUGUGCUCUGGCCCGUUCAUCGCUCUCAACUUGCACUUGUCUUGGGAGACGACGGUUGUGCCCCGGCCCCGCACCAAGCGUGCUGCGCUGGUGGCUAUCGCCAACUGUGCCAGCAGCGUGACGCACUGGUUCAGCCCCUAUUUUUUCCUCACGAACCAGGCUCCCCGUUAUGAGAUGGGUGGUGGCAUCAUCAUUGUCGGUUGCGGCGCCUCCAUCCUGUCCUGUCUCAUGCUCAAGUGGUGGGUCAACCGGAAGAACAAGCAGCUCGAGGAGAGGCAGGCACAGACUGGCGAGUACAACGAGUGGCGCUUUGUGUCUUGAGCAGUCUACGGGCCUUGUUCGACCAACAGUGGAAUCGGCUCAGUGCCGAAAAAGCUGGUCAAUUCUUGGUCGCCGCCUUUAGCAGCGACUUCAAUAACUCCGUAGACCUAAUGCAAGUGAACAGCCCAAACUCCUGGGCAUGCGCUCCACCAAGACAUCAUUAUAAACAAC